AUUUAAAUCCAGAAAAAAUAAAAGAAAUUAAUUUAAAAAAUAAUAAGCUUUUAGCCAGAGAUCUAACUUGUUUUAGCAACUUUGUUAACUUAGAAAAGAUAUCAGUAGAUGGCAGUUUUUAUGGAAGUCUUGAACCUUUGAAAAACUUGACCAAAUUAAAAUUCAUAACUAUUGCUGGCACUAAUAUUGACAGGGGCUUAGAAUACUUACCAAUUGGCGUAAAAAGUACUGGUCUUAUUCGCACAGGGUUUUGUCCUCCAUCUCUGCAUCCUUCUUACGAAAAUUUGGGUUGUAAGAAAAUUUUUAAACAACUUGAAAAGUAUACAGAAUUAACCGUUAAAUAUCUUUCAUCUUAUCAAUUCGAUGGAAAUGAAGGUUUAAUAGCAUCGUAUUCUGAAGAUCGUGCUUUAGAUGCUUGGAGAAUAGAAAAU